AUGUACUUCAAGUACCAGAGGCUCUGCCCAAACCCAAAGCGACGCUCUCUUGUAGAGGCUGCUCUACAGCAAGAGGAGGCGGCUGCUGAUCCGCAGAUCAGAAUCGUGCUCAGUGAUGAACUCACAGCUCUCCCCGCUGGGGUGUUUGACAGUUUAACGCAACUGACUUAUCUCAGCCUUCAUACCAACCAGCUGACAGCUCUACCCGAGGGGGUGUUUGACCGACUGAUCAAUCUGCAACAGCUGUUUUUGUAUCAGAACCGACUGUCGUUCAUACCCGCCGGAAUGUUUGACAAACUGACGAAUCUGAAGGAUCUUAACAACCAACUGACCUUUCUAACCGAGGGACUGUUUAACCGCCUCAUGAAUAUAGUGGCUCUGGAUUUGUGCUGCAACAAGUUCACACAGCUGCCCACUGGCAUUGACAAACUCACCAAGCUGAAGCGGUUGGCUCUGCACGGAAACCAGCUGAAGAGCGUCCCUGCCGGGGUGUUUGACCACUUGGGGAAUCUGCAGAAGCUGCAUCUGGAGGGGAACAAGCUGACGGCUCUACCCGUUGGUGUGUUUGACAAACUGACCCAGCUCACUUAUCUGGCUCUGAACGUCAAUGAACUGAAGAGCGUUCCCAGGGGCGCGUUUCACAGACGCAGCUGCCACUGCUCCCGCACUCUAAGCUUGUCAUGGCCUUGA